GGACUCACCGCCCAAGUGUUUCCUCACAAUUAUAUACAUUGUUUUUACAAUCGACACAAAACUAAAAUCUUGGAGGUGGGGGGGGGAGAAAAAACAAAACAAUGUCUGCUCAGGCUCAAAUGAGAGCGAUGCUGGACCAGUUAAUGGGCACAUCCAGGGACGUGUUGGAUGCUGUCAUGUGGUGUCAGUAAAAGUGGACUCGGCCCAUCAUUCACUUAAAGUACUUAAACCUACUUUGGGAGAUGCAACACGACAACGCGUGAAAUUCUCAGAUGAUAGAGUUUGCAAGAGUCAUCUUCUUGGUUGCUGUCCUCAUGACAUACUUUCUGGAACGCGUAUGGACCUGGGAGAAUGCACAAAGAUUCAUGAUCUCGCUUUGAGAGCUGAUUAUGAAAUUGCUGCAAAAGAAAGAGAUUUAUUCUUUGAACACGAUGCAAUGGAACAUCUUGAAAGUUUUAUUGUUGAUUGUGAUAGAAGAACAGAUAUUGCCAAGAAGCGUUUGGCAGAAACACAGGAAGAAAUCAGUGCUGAAGUUGCUGCUAAGGCAGAAAAAGUGCAUGAGCUGAAUGAAGAAAUAGGAAAGCUUUUGGCGAAAGCUGAACAACUUGGAGCUGAAGGAAAUGUAGAAGAAUCUCAGAAAGUUAUGCAGGAAGUAGAAAGAGUGCGAACAAAAAAGAGGGAAGCAGAGGACGAAUAUAGGAAUUCAAUGCCUGCUUCUAGCUUCCAGCAACAAAAACUGCGAGUAUGUGAAAUAUGUUCUGCAUAUCUGGGCCUUCAUGACAAUGAUCGCCGACUUGCCGAUCAUUUUGGAGGCAAACUGCACUUGGGAUUCAUACAGAUACGGGAGAAAUUAGAUCAUCUGAAGAAAAUCGUUGCAGAUAAACAAGAAAGAAGGAAUCAAGAGCGAUUAAAGAGGAGAGAAGAAAGGGAGAAAGAAGAGAAGAUGAAAAGAAAGUCCAGAUCACGUAGCAGAGAUCAUAAGCGAUCAAGGUCACGCGACCACAGGCGGAAACGUUCUAGUUCUCCCGCUCAUGAGCGACGCAAGUCCAGAUCAAGAUCCCGAUCCAGAGAACGAGAAAGGCGCCGAAGGCACAGGUCCCGAUCACAUAGCCACGGCAGGGGGCAUUGUCGCAGUUCAAGGGACAAAAGCAGGGACCGGAGUUCAAAGCAUAAGUCUUCGCGGGAUCGAUCUCCUAGGGAAAAAUCAAGAGAUAAGGAUCGAAAGGAGAAGAGUUCGUCAGAAAGAAAGCAUGAGAGUACAAAUGGGAAGUCAGAAUUAAAUGCAGCAAGUCCAGAAGAAAGGGAGGCUGGUGAAAUCUGAAGUAUUGACUGAACCAAAAAGUUAAUGUAAAAGUGAAAAUACUCUUAAAGCCCUUUUGAAUUUCCCUUGUUUAUAUAUUUCUGCCAUUUAGCACUUCAUUUUGGCAGAAACAUUCGUAGAUGUAGGUAUGCAUUUGUUUUCCAUUGAUGUUCCAAGUUUUCCUCUGCAGUUUAUUUAUAAAAUAAAUAAAAUAAGCAAAUAGGUUUUUUAUAUUUAAAAAAGUACAGACUCUCUUUGGCACCAGCAUGAUACACGAUACCAUGAAACAUAUCCAGUAAAUUCUGGUUUGGCUGAUAGUUCCCUACAAUAAAAUAAGUUCAUCUGAUGAGAAACAAGGACUUUAUAGCUGGUUAGCCACCUAUGGAGAUAUUCUGCUUGUUUGCUGCAACUUCAAUUUAAGACCCAUAAAAUCAAAUGCCAUUAAUGAUUUUUUUUUUUCCUAUGGCAGUUCUGCAGAUGAAGAUGCAAAAAUAACCCUGUAAAAUGUCAUUCCCAUAGACAUCUUCCCUUUAAGGAAAGUAAUUUUCUGUCAAGCAACUUUUUCAAUCUGAAGCUUAUUUUUCACCUUUCAUUAGUGUUGCAGGGUACAGGAUAUUUGUCUGAGUGUUCAGGUUAAUAUAAUGGCCCAGGCUCCGGUGAAGUCAGCACACUUGUAUUGAGAUCUGUUUUGUGUUAUGAAAAAUUCAAUCAAUUUCUCUUCGAUACAAAAUUCUGUAAAAAUCUUCUCCCUAUAAAAGAACUAUGAUUUGACACCAUAAGCCAUCUGUUAUUUUCAUUGUGAUCAGAAGUUAUUAUCAGAGUUUAACACUGCACCACCAUUUUGUAUUACCGUAAAGUUUUGUCGUGAAUGUUAUUACAAGAGUGAUAAUGUGAAUUAAAUUCUUGAUGUAGUGAAGUUGUGCUUCACACCUGCUGUAAUUUUAAUUUCUUUAGCUUAAUUCAAAGCCAUAUCUAGAAAUACCCAUUAAUCCAUUGACACUUGGCAAAUUUAUUUGGAAUCCCUUUUAUGAAGAUAGAAGCUGCAACUGUUUUGUAGCUGCCUAGUUGGUUGAGAACAUGGCUGGCUCUGCAAAGAUCAUAGCAAAAUCGGGUUGCAGUGUAUCUUUUGUCUGCGCAUAAUCCCUUGCAUUUACCAACUGAUGUUAGAAAUAAAAUGGCAGUUAACUUUGUAGUUCCUGAAAAUGUUAUGAAUUUUUAAAUGGGUACAUUUUAAUGUAAUAUGAUAAAGUUUUGGUUUAAGCAACAACCCUCCUUUUUCUUCUACUGCUCAGUCAAGAUUUUAAUUAAACAUGGUUUUUGGUUGCUUGUUUCAGAGCAAAGGCAGUAACCAUAGAUUUUCUGUUAACAGCUUCUAGUACAGUGUAAAUGGUAGCUACUUCACUCAUCCAACUUCCCAAGAUUUUACUGAUGGAUUUGGUAAAUAUUCAUUUAACUCAUUGCAGAUUUUGGUAUAAGUAAAUCAUACUUGAGCUGAUAAUUUUCAAAGUAUAUGUACUAUUUCACAAGUUAUUAUAGAAUUAACACAUUUGGAUGUCUAGUAGAAGCAAACUAUGAGAUGUUGCUCUUAUUAAAUCGAGGUUUGAAUUUGUCCAUCAAUCAAAUCUAUAAAUCAUUCCGUUACAUUUAGAGUUUUAAAUACAAAUAAUUAUUUUUGUCCGUCACACUCAACAAUAACAAAACUAUUGAACAUUCCACUUGCUCUAUAAAGUUAAUGAAACAAGUAAUUAAUAGUUCUGUAUAUUUUUAAAAUAUACUACCCUUUGGUGAAAACAUGCUCUCAAUAAAAGGUAAUGAAUAAAUCACCAUUCUUGCCUUGAUAUUACAAAGUUCCACAAUCAGUGAAGUGAUGUCUGUAAAUGUCAGCUGUUCCAUUAUACUAGAAUACUAUAAAUGCUCAUUAUCUAAAUUCAUACUGGGCAAUGGCUUUUUAUUUGUCUUGGGGUGCAAAACUUUUUUCUUAAAUUUUAAAGUGGAUAAGUUAUCUGCUAUUUCCUUUUUGGUAUAAUUUUUCCAAUUCUGGCUAAGAGUCUUGGUUGUAGUAGAUGACCUGAACCCACUCAACAAAGCUUGACAACCUUUCAUUUCCUUACUGGUGUUUUAUUGAAGCAGUUGUAAAUAGUAUGUUGUCAUUUAGGUACCAAUUUAAGAGUGUUUAAGACUGUUAAAUCACUCUCACCAAAUGCGAAGAUAAUUUUUUCAGUGUUGGUUGUGACUUUCCUUUAAAUUCAAAUUGUUGGAUAUUUAUUGAAUGAUGAGCUGGUUUCUGGAUUUGGUGUGAAAAAUGUCACUCUGUGCAACUGUUGAGGUAGUUCAUUGAAAUCUAGAUAUCCCUUAAAGGAUUUGUCACACAUUCUAAUAAUAUCUGGUUAGAAAAUUUAAUAAUACUGAUGUUAAAAACCUAAAAUGUUUUCAUUUUUCUAUAUUCGCAUUCUUCGCUUUGAUUAACAAAACAUUUACUAUUUCCAUAUUUUUGGGGGUGGGGGAGUGUAGGAAAGUUUAACUUUAAAUUUAAUUUUGUCUAUUGUCAUAAUAAAAAGAUUGUUCAACU